AUGAUCCGGACACUGUUUACAAGGCGUGCUUCUCCAUUCGGGGCUGCAUUAAGUAUCCCAAGGGUAACAAAUACCGGCGAAAUAGCCACCCACCUUCGAGCAAAGCUAAACAAGACAAUUCAGAAUUCCAUCACACGAUCUUUCACGACGACCCAACCUACAUCCCUCACAGCAUCGCUACCCAGAGAAUCUUCACCCUUCCGAAGCUCCCAAAAAUCUGAGCCAUCCACCUUCGAAGAUGUCUACUAUAGCCCCCACCAGCCGAAGCGCCAAUGGCCACCCGACAUGUCGAAACUGUCGCCGAAGCACCAGUUCCGACUUGAGCGCAAGUACCGUCGUCGCGCAGCACUGAAGUAUGCGCGGCCAAAGCUUAUGAAGGCCACAAAGAUUGGACAAUGGGUUGUCAUUGGAUUCGUUCUUGUGUAUGCGGUGCUUUUUAUGGAGUGGGAGACGAGUGCUACGCCAUUCCAUGGGGUUCGAGAGAGCUUCUUUGGUGGCCUCAAGUCUAUUUUCUCAAGCCCGCCGCCCCCUGGUCCUGUGCGGAGGGAUAUCAAGGAGGGUUCGUCAUCUGAGGGGUCCCAGUAG